AUGUCCGAAGCCGAGCACCGUGGCAUGAUUUGGGCUCACACUCAGAGCUGGCCAUUGUACGUGGUCACACUGCUAUCGCGCGAGGUGCAACUCUUGGAAUCGGGACUACCAGUCUAUAUAAAGCACGCUCUCGGUCGCUGGAUUAAGCACUGCGCUUUCCCCCAAGUGAGCAACAGUGGCUUACGGCACAGUCGGGAUUCACUUGCCCCUCCUUCCGCAGGUAUAGAUAGAGCGCUCAUCAAUCACCAACGCCAGGUAGACGAUCUUGUAA